AAUUCGCUACACGAUGCACGGCAUCUUGAGCAUCACAGCGUGGCUCUUGCUGUCAUGUCUUUGGGAAAAUGUCGUCUCUGCACAUGCCCCAACGCAAUGGCCUCUCCAAGAGACUUUCGCGAUACCCCCAAAAGAGAUUGCAGUCAUUGGAGGAGGAGCCGCAGGAACAAGCUUUGCCUAUUUCUUGAGUCAGUCAGAGCUACGAGACAAUGUCUCUAUUACGCUGUUUGAGGCCACAGGCCGGUUGGGCGGACGCGCCCUGUCCACCAGCGUGAACGGCACCAAGAUUGAAUUGGGUGCUUCCAUAUUCCUGACAGAGAACCAAAAUCUGUAUAAUGCCACACAGACAUUUAAUCUUUCAGUGUCAAUGCGGCCUGCCAAAUCCGCUUCCCGUCCCCCUUGGGCACUUUGGAACGGCGAUUCCUUUUCAUUCACAGCAUCUACAAGCCCUAGCAAAACUAUUGUUGAUAUGCUGUGGCGGUACGGGCUCGCUCCUUUGACAGUUCGGAGACUGGCGCGAGACGCAGCCAACAUUUUUGCUCAAGGAGCAUACGAUAGCAGCACAGCGCCUUUGUUUACGACAGUGGAUGAAUUGGUGGAUAUCCUUGGGCUGAAGGAAUACGUUGACGUUGAUGCCCGACAAUGGUUUGUCGACCGCAAGGGCAUUGGAGAAAAGUACAUACAAGAAAUUGUGCAAGCGGCAACUAGAGUCAACUACGCGCAAAAUCUUGAUUUGAACGCCAUAGCUGCGCUAGUCUGCAUGGCCGCAGCAAGCGGACAAGCAAUAUCGGUGGCAGAAGGCAAUGAACGCAUCUUCCAACACUAUGCCAAGGCAUCAGAGGCACAGAUUCAUCUGGACACUGCAAUUACCUCCAUUGAAAGGCUGUCUGCGCAAGAAAAGUAUGCUGUAACAAGCAAGGAUGGCUCAACAGCCCUCUUUGAUGCUGUCGUCCUUGCUGUUCCGUGGAGUAGUCCAAAUCCACCGUUAAAUCUCGUCAACCUCCGCACUCAGCCAUUUGUCAUCCCCUACAUUCAUCUUCACGUCACAAUCGUAACUGGAACUCUGCGUCCAUCGUACUUUAACCUCGCAUCCGGAUCCCCCGUCCCGGACACGGUCUUCACCGCUCCUAACCCGUCCAUUCCAUUCUAUUCCAUCUCCAUCCUCUCAGAAUUGCGAAACUCCUCUGACAGUAUCAUCAAAAUCUUUUCACCAAGCAAAAUGGAGGAUUCUUUGCUGACUGCAUUGUUUGAGAGCAUACAGGGCGAUGUCAUCCGAAAAGAGUGGGAUUCCUAUCCGGUGCUGACACCAAAGGAACGCACAGGCAUGCCGGUAGAGUUGGAUGAUGGAGCGUGGUUUGUAAAUGGAUUUGAGUCAGUGUUUUCAACCAUGGAGAGCGAGGUUGUGGUUGCAAGAAAGGUGGUGGGCCUGGUCGAAGACUGGAUUAAGAAGCGACAACCUUGAUAUUGUACGCCGAUGACAGGCCGAUUUGACAUUUUCUUCUAGUAUCUCCGCGCGUAUGUAGACAUACUCAUGUUUACAUAUUGAUGGGUCCAUCUGCCUUGGUGGAUAUCUACAUUAUACAAAGUGAGCCUUGUUGUCACAUUUAUUGUUAUGGA